UACAUCGUGUGAGGCCUAUAACGGAUUGGAGUCCGAUGGGCAAUGCACACCUUGCAUCUUGCACACCCGGUAGUUGAGGCACUGUUACCUGUUCGUAGCGCUAGAAAAUUCGAAAAGUUUACUGGAACGCUCAACUGUUUGAUCUACUUAUAGUAAGUUGAAAAUGUGUAACGUUUUAAAAAUAGCCGAUAGCUGCGACAACUGAUUCAUGUCAAACGUUCAUUACACAUCGUAAAUCAUAUACAACCGCAUCGUGCGUUGUACGAAUGUGCGAUUAAUUAGAGACAAUCAAUCGCGGGGAAAGAGGUAGACGGAAAGGAACGCCGAAAAUGGUGUAGGGACCGUAGUGUUUUCUGCAGGGAAGGCGUUUAACACCGUUCGGUCCGGGUGACGGCCGACAGCAACAGGUUCGCGAGGAAAUCCGCGGAACGAGGGAAAAGGAGGGGCGAAAGGGAGAGAGAGAAAAAAAAAAAUUGAAAACGCGCGCGCGAUGUCGCCACCGCACCACCACCGUUUCGGCGCGGUAUAGUAGCGGUAGUGAGGGGGAUACGGCGCGCACGCCGACCGAGACCGGAUCGUCGUGUGGUCCGGACGUGCCGCGGCCGAGCCAGUGCGUCGUGUUCGCUUCGCCAUCUCCGUUCGUCCGCGUUCGUUCGCGCGUCAUCCGCGAGUGCACCGCGUACGUGUCCACGUAAUAUUGUUACUGAAAUAUAUCGUUAUAUUGUUGUUAUUAUUAUUGUUGUUUAUCGCAAGCGUGCCAAGUUCAUUGUCGUUGCCGCCGCGGCCGCCGCCACCGUCGCCGUCACCACCAGGGCUGUCGUCAUCGUCUCGCUGUCAUCGGUGGUCGUCGAGCCAUUGAUCAUCGCGUGUGCGUGCUAGUGCGUGUGCGUGUGCGGUACGCUCGUCCGCCCUGUGUGUUCGUGUCGUGAGUGCGAACAGCGGGUCCGUUCGUCCGUUCGCGCGUAUCUUUUUCUCGAAUUGUCGUCCAACCGGCAGUUCCUCUCACUCCCGCGCCAUACCAGUUCCCGUCAGCGUAGUUUUUCGGUAACAAUUCUUCCCGCCGUCACCGGAACGGGCGGUUCGCGCACCGUCCUGUUGCACAACUGGUGCGUUGUCAAUGUUCGCGGACAGCCACCGGCGGACGUCGACGAACACGGGGACGAAAGUCGCGGAAAAAUAAUUCGUUCGCUUCGCGUUUCGGUCGUGCGGUCUCCCGGUCGGGGAAACGAAUCGCACCGCGGAAACAGUUUGUCAGGUUGCCGCCGUGUCCCCAGGACAUGAUUUUCCGGGCAACGUGAUCGUCCGGUCCUGCAGUCGUUGCGGUGCCUGCGGCUGCUGCUGAUCGUCGCCACCGACGACCGCACAACGAGUAACGUAGCCGCAACCUUCACGGAACGCAUCGCCCAGGUAGAGGCCCGUAAGUGCGGAUCGAUGUUUUGUGUCCGCAAUGGCCUCCGGUGAUGACCUCGCGGUGACUGUAACGAGUGCAGUGCUGUGGACGCGAAACGCGCACCGGUCGGCGAUCAGCAGCCACUGACCAGCUGUUGCACGGUCAUGGGGGGCGCACGUCCCGUACGGCUGUUGGCGGUGGUGGUCGCGGCGUGGCUGGUCAGGUGUGCGAUGUCCGCGGUGCCGGGCGUGGUGCGGUUCUCGGUCAUAGCACCGCUGAAGGCGUCCAAGAACGAGGAGUCGCUGGGCGUGAUAAUGCCGUCCGUGGACCUGGCGACGCAGGCGAUCGCUCAGCCGAACGGACCGCUACCGGGCUGGGACAUGCAGAUCGUCAGCCGCAACAGCAACUGCUCGUCCACCGACGGCCCGCUCGCCGCGUUCGAGUUGCACAAGGAAAGCGAUGUGUUCCUGGGACCAGUGUGCGACUAUGUGAUCGCGCCGGUGGCACGUUACUCGGGUGUUUGGAAGAUUCCGGUGAUGACGGCCGGCGCACAGGCGGAGAACUUUAACUACCGCGAGGAGUACCCGACGCUGACCAGGAUGAUGGGCUCGUACAAGCUGGUGGGUGAGGCGUUGCGGCACAUACUGCACGUGUUCGGCUGGAACGUGGCCGGCCUGUUGUACUACAACCACGGCGUGAACUCGCUGAUGGGCAACUCCAAGUGUCACUUCACGCUGUCGGCCGUGUACAUUGCUCUGGGCCGGAAGCCGGAGUACGUGAGCUUCAACGACACCGCGGACAACGCCGUAUACAAAGACCUGUUGAACACCCUGUCGAACAGCGCGCGAAUUAUGGUGGUGUGCGCCUCUCCAUCCAGGGUCAGGGAUAUUCUUUUGGCGGCCGAAGAACUCAACAUGAUUGAUAGUGGAGAAUACGUGUUUUUCAACAUCGAGCUGUUCAGCAGCCUAAACAACGAAUCCUUAACUCCGUGGUACGUGAGCAACGAUACAACAGAGCGGAACGAGAGGGCGCGGAAAGCGUAUGGCGCAUUGCUGACGGUGACGGCUCGUACACCCAACAACGAUGCCUAUCGCAACUUUUCUGUUGAAGUGAAGCGAGUGGCCGAGGAGAAGUACAACUACACUUUUGGCAACGAGUCCGUUUCUACCUUCGUGACGGCGUUUUACGACGCGGUGUUGCUGUAUGGGCUGGCGCUGAACGAGACAUUGGCUAGUGGUGGCAACCAGUCGGAUGGGGCGGCGAUCGUUAAGGCUAUGUGGAACAAGACGUUCACCGGCAUCACCGGAGACGUGAACAUCGACGCCAACGGUGACCGGAUCGCCGACUAUUCACUACUUGACAUGGAUCCCGAGACCAACGAGUUUAAGAUAGUGGCGAACUACAUUGGGGUUAAACAAUCGUUAGAAUACGUGCCAGGAAUGAGUAUUCACUGGGCUGGUGGUCGAACGAAUCCUCCUCCAGACACUCCCGCCUGUGGAUUUGACAAUUCCCUCUGCAAAACAAUGCCUGGUUAUGCGAUACUCAGUAUUGUCCUCAGCUCAGUUGUAGUGAUCCUAGCAAUAGCAUCAGCCCUCAUUUACAGACAUUACAAACUUGAAGCUGAAAUAGCAUCAAUGACGUGGAAAGUCAGUUACAACGACAUCAUAAAAGUGCCGCAGGACAAAUGGAGAAUGAGCAUGACAAGCCUUAUUAGAAGAAAUAGCCAAAGGACGGUAAUAUCAGAAGACCUCAUGAGCCUGAUGAGCCAGUGUGAAUAUGGACGUCAAAUGUUCAUCCAAACAGCAUUUUAUAAAGGUAAUAAAGUAGCAUUGAAGACGUUAAAAAGAUCGCGCUUGGAGUUGACACGGGCUCGAUUGCUGGAAUUGAAAAGGCUUAAAGACUUACAUCAUGAUCAUUUGGUACGAUUCUAUGGGGCUUGCAUAGAACCUAAUUACUGUUGCCUGUUGACCGAAUACUGUCCAAAAGGAAGUUUACAGGAUAUACUUGAAAAUGAUCAAUUCAAACUCGACUGGAUGUUCCGGUACAGUUUGAUGCAUGAUAUCGUCAAAGGAAUGUGUUAUUUACAUAGCAGUGAACUACGUUCUCACGGUGGUCUCAAAUCUAGUAACUGUGUGGUUGACAGCAGAUUUGUUCUAAAAAUUGCCGACUUUGGGCUAAGGAGUCUUCGAAAUAACCAUACUAACGAAUCUAAUAGUGACAGUGAUUCAUAUGCUUACUGGAAAGCAUUCCUCUGGACGGCUCCAGAACUAUUGCGCUUAAGUCAUCCGCCGCCAGAAGGCACGCAGAAAGGAGACGUUUACUCAUUCGCUAUUAUCGUCCACGAGAUCGUUACGAGACAAGGCCCGUUCUAUCUGGGCAAUAUUGAACCGUUGUCGCCCAAAGAAAUCGUAGACAGCGUGAAGAGCAAAGAAAAAUGCCUAAGACCUAGCGUAGCAGAUUUAAGCUGCGACGAGGAAGUGGGUGCAUUAAUGAAACGAUGUUGGACAGAAGAUCCAGCGGACAGACCUGACUUCACCACACUCAAAGCUGUUAUACGGAAAUUAAAUAAGGAUUACGAAAGCAACAAUAUUCUUGACAAUUUAUUGACCCGUAUGGAACAAUAUGCCAAUAAUUUAGAAACAUUGGUCGAAGAAAGAACUGCCGAUUAUUUGGAGGAAAAAAGAAAAUGCGAGGAACUUCUAUAUCAAUUACUUCCUAAAUCCGUGGCUAGUCAGUUAAUUUUGGGACAAUCCGUGGUAGCCGAAACUUACGACAACGUGACAAUUUACUUCAGUGACAUCGUAGGCUUUACGUCUCUGAGCGCUGAAAGCACUCCGCUCCAAGUAGUAGAUCUACUCAACGAUCUCUACACGUGCUUUGAUUCAAUAAUAGAGAAUUUUGACGUGUACAAAGUGGAAACCAUUGGUGACGCAUACAUGGUGGUAUCUGGACUUCCUGUCCGCAACGGUAACUCGCACGCUCGUGAGAUAGCCCGUAUGUCCCUAGCUCUGCGAUCAGCCGUACACAGUUUUACCAUCAAACACAGACCGAACGACCAGCUCAAAUUGCGUAUAGGAAUACAUACAGGACCGUGUGUCACCGGGGUGGUUGGACUUAAAAUGCCAAGAUACUGUUUGUUUGGAGACACAGUGAACACGGCUUCGAGAAUGGAAUCCAACGGACAAGCACUGAAAAUCCACGUGAGCCCGCAAACGAAAGAAGUCUUAGACACGUUCGGCACGUUCGACUUGGAACUCAGGGGCGAAAUCGAGAUGAAGGGCAAAGGCAAAGUGACGACGUACUGGCUGCUGGGCGAAAAAACACCAACGACCGAAGCGGGCACGGCUGAUCCGGCCGGAACGACGACGGCCACCACUCCCGCCGCUAUCACCGCUACCGCCACAACAGGGACCGCCACGUCAGCGACCACCACCCUGGCCCUGGCCGGCACCGCGCCGCCGGUGAACUCGAUCGGAUCGUUUUCGAAAAUGCACACGACCAACAGCGUGGGCUCCUCGUCCGCCAAGUCGACGACCAACAGCAUAGCAAACCACAACAACAUUACCGCGUCCACGCCGCUGUUGCAAGGCGACAACGGUUAAACAAUGUACGCGCGCGUCGUUUGUUCGCGUUUUUCUCCUCCCCCCCCCACCCUUGUAUAUCUUAUAUUAAUUUCUCUGUACACUUUACUUUAAUUUUCCGCGCGUGAACGUGCCGAAGACUGGGAAAAGAACAAAAGAAAACAAAAAACCGAUCGAACAAACACGCGUUCUUCCUCAACGAGCCCGCGCGAAAGUAGUUCGUCACGGCCGGACACGUACACGUCGUUCCACUCGCCGCCUGUGGUUUAUCCCUCACCGGUCCGAUGGAUCGAACCCGAUUUUAGUUUAGAACCGAAACACGAACGUGACGGUGCACGGAAACGGUCCGGCACGUGACGGAAGCAGCCGGGUCACGUUCGUCGCCGUAGUGAUUAUUUUAGUCGUCCGACUCGCGAAAACACAUCCGACGUGUACGAGCGGAAUAAACCGCAUGUAACCGUCAACGUCGGUAUAAGAACAUUAUUUCGCGCGAUAAAACGUAAGAGCGGCAAUAAUCAAUAGCAGUAGUCGUAGAGAGUUCGAUGGUGCGCGUCCUGGCUUUCGGGGACGGCGACCGUCGGCUCCUAUCCGAAGGCAUCGGUCGGUGUAGCACACGAAAAGAAUAAUUGAAUUCAUACGCGAUGCACGUGUACGGGAUUUUCGUCGUUUUAUUUUUUGUUUCUGGUACGUCGCCGAGGGGCGGUAAUCAAAAAAAUUUCCAUACCGUUCCAUUGUUGUUGAAAUACGUUUCGGCGCGACGACGCGUUUGAAUCCGCUGUGUUACGGUCGCUGUUCGAAAACGUAGCGCCGGCAUAUUGUUUUCGCGUUCAAACGACCGUUGUGAUUCGAUUAAUGUUCAGAUCCCGCGACCGCUUGAUACGGUAUCCGGAGCGCGAUUACCGGUGGUGACCGCGAUGCAAACAGACACGUGAGUGUCCGUCGCGCGUUUAGACGCGUUAUGCAACGAACUACGUCUGUACUGCGGAACGGUUUUAUCGGCGCACGCCCGCACACGGUUUGGUUGUCGACAACGUGCGAUCGGCGCAAACAGGAAAAGCGAACCUUUCCGUUUUCGUUCCCGGCAUUCCGACGAGCAAAGGAGAUGACGACAACGAUAACAAUCGCGGACGAGGAUAAUUCAACCCGGUAGGGUUCUCACGGAUUUUGUUUAUUGUAUUUAUUUUUUUUUCCCCCGUAUUUUUUCCAAAACGAUUGAACCUCGUGCGCGAUGGAUUCUUACGUCGAGAAUCCAAACGUUAGGUGUCCCGGCGCUUAGAUCAACCCUUAAAAAAUCCGACUGCAACAAUGGCGGUGCAUACAAAUCCGCGCGGAAACGAUCAUCGUAACUCGCUCAUCGGUCGCGUUACGCGACAGUACAAUCGUUUUAUCGCACAACUCUGCCCCCGCGUAGAUCUACUGCACCUGCUCACCCGACCCGAUUGAUUUUUUACCAACACGUGAUGCGCAAACUUCUCCGCGAGACUUUUCAUCUCGUCCGCGUUUGUUUGUUGCGUACACACACGUUUUCUGUGUCGGAACAUUUUGUUCAUCGCAUACUUUUAUACACGUAUUUUUCGUCGAAUGCACACCGUUCCGUAUGUAAACCAACAGGUGGGGAUAGAGGGGGUGGGAUUUUUUUAAUACGGAAGCCGGGAAACGUCGAAAAACGCGCGUUUUUCGUACCAUAAUUUAUGCAUAAAUAAAUAUAUAUAUAUAGCGUUUUCCGUUGAGAUUCGAUAGUUUUAUCAGCUGUUAUUACUGUAUACCUCCACGUUACCGCGCGAUCAAUAUUUUAGCGUCUUCGCGAUUUGCAUAUUAUAUCCGCCGUUAUUAUUAUUAUUUUUAUUUU